GGUCGCCUUAUCUCUCCCGUCAUGCGCCCCGCUCACCUUCUCCUAGCAGCUUGUGCAUCGCCCGUUCUCUCCCUCACCAUUCCCUUGGCUGCAUGGGAGGCUGUCCUCGACGCUUAUGACCAUCUUCGGCAUCCCAACCCUCCCGCUGCACUUGCCAAGCCAAGUGAGUACGAGGUCGGAUGGGCAGAUCCUCGUCUCAACGGCGGGCGCUUCCUCGACUUCACGACCCCCAAGGCCGGAGAACCAUUGAACGUGAUCAUCUCCAACGAGUCCGACCCAUACAUCCUCACCGAACCCGGUUUCCGCGCCUACUACAAGUCAAUAGGCUUCUCGGAGGAAUGUCUGGGGUUGCACAUAGGUCAUAUACACGACGCCGACCUGGGCGAUGGCGAAGGGCGCAAGGGAGAGCAUAUUCUCGCGCGGCAAUACUACUUCCCUCGCUGGGGAACUUGCUGGGAGAGCAUCGCAGGCGGCAACCACUUCCGAGCGUGGAAGCAGAACGGCACAGAUGCGGACACGGGUGCAUGGUUCCUUGCCGUCUCCAAGGAAGAGAACUCGUCAAAGAACCACAUGAUCGUACCAGACGGCUACAACAUCGGGCGCGACCUCCUCGUCGAGAACGCCGCCGGAGUGACGCACUGGAACGGCAUGUGGUGGCAGGUCGAUGUGGAAUGGCGGGAGGGACUACUGGCGCCUGGACACAAAGGCGUAAAUCACAAGAUCGCACAGGACGGCCGCGUCGCGAUCCUUACCGUCAACCGGCUGUGAUCGAACGAUCGACAUCACGAACUUACAACGCUCGGACCAGCAGGGCUUCUAGAUUUUAGAAAGCUUGCCCCGUAGUGUUAUGACCCCUGCUGCCCCUGUAGCUUGUAAUUAUUCUGUAUUUUUCCGUAUCACCUUUGUCGUUUUAUCUGGGACACAUGCAUGAUUCCGUGUAGAUUCCUGUGUUACCAUACCCCACUAGGAACGUAAUUUGCGUUCGCCGGACGAUUCAUUUACAUAUGCCUAUUAUUUAUCUUGCUAGCGCUUG